GCCACGGCCGAGAGUAAAACCGAUGUCGGUCAGUCAUUCGUCGUCCACCCGCUAAGUAACAUUUAAUUUUAAUUUUUAGCUCUAUCAUACGGAAUUGUGCGAAUAGUCGCCACUACUACUACUACUACUACGAAGUUAAGUCAUACUUAUUUUUAAUUAAAUCCAUGAAACCGCGAACGCGCAGCAUCAUAAUCGAACGUCAAAAUAAUCGGUGAAUAACCACUACGAACAUUGAAAACAUAGGAUUUAAUAACAGGAUACGAGGAAUCCGCUGUGAGCUGUGAAAAAUAAAAUAAAUCACAAUUUUUGUUCAUAACCAUCCAACGAAAUACAUGUUAAGUUUUAUGUCGAAAUUAAACGAAUUAUUUUUUGUUAUUCGAUCUGAGUUACAUGCUUAACUAAGCGAGUUUUAAUAGAAGUGCGAACAGAAAGUGACUUUAGCCAUACACGUGAAUACAUACAGUACGAAAAACAAGGAAUCGUUCCGAAAAGAGUGCUAGGAAAUCACGAAAAAGUUCUAAGCCGCUAGUGAUAAAAGAGUGCCAGUGUCUGACUGAUCCAUCAACCAACAUAUCAACAGUUGUGUGUGAGGGUAGGACAAAAAUAGAGUGCGAAAGUGGCAAAGUGUGAAUCGCUAACCACCGCCCGCCCACCGCAAGUUUUGGUUGAUAGGCAGCACUAAUCAUCGGGUGUUCCGCCCGCUCAGUAUGUCAUCUUAGUAGCGGCAAUUCUACAUCAGAUCAGAUCGGUACACCCCUCGUUAGGAAGUGUGUGCUCAAUUUACGGCACUGAUAUAGUCCGAUCAGACGAUUUUCGCCCAGUUGGUUGGGAUAAAAGUUGGUUGCAUCCCUGGCCGAGUUCAAAAUCGACAGUACCGAUUCAUUGACAUUGCAUUUCAACAGUUGUUAAGUGGGAUUACAAUCUAACCAAACUCACGUGGUAAUAGGACAGUGAUACAGGACGAAGUGAAAAAAAAACACGAGAAAAAAAGAAAACCUUCACCUGAAAGAAGAGAAAGCACUGGAUAAAAAACAGGGUGCUCAUUAACUGUUUCAUAAAUUAAAAUUAAAUGUUCAAAACCGAAAAUCCCAAUGCAGUCGGCAACGUUGGCAGACAUGAGCAGUAAACAGCGUCAGCAGCAGCAGCAGCAGUACCAGCGGGCAAACACAGGAAUCUCCUGUGGCGCGUCUGGUUUACCACAACGAGAAGUAGAACGUAAAAUCCAAACCGCCAAUCAGAGCGAUUGUGACAGUGAAAAGGUGACUUUGUAUUUAAGUGCCCGGAAAGCCAGCGAAUAUCAUAGUAAAAUGGCCAGCAUAACACAGAUGGAACCAGCUCAGAUGGCUGUUCCGAUUCGAAAAAGUUCCAAUGUGAUCAAGUGUGAUAGUGAUAAGGAGGUGAAUUCGCUCAAAAGAAAGAAAAUGCCUUUGCUGGGCAAUGAUUCUGACCAUCAAUCGCGAGUGCUGAAACAAUCGGAUGCGGAAAAUAUCCCACCGCCUGCAUCGACGGUCAUCAGUGCUGCCGGAUUUUCCAGUAGUAAAAGGAUUAAGAUUGAUCCGCAGGUUGAUGGCAAAAUUGUCGCCAGUAAGCCACCGAUUCCACCAAAACCGGAAACUGGCACGCGAUCAGCGCAGCAACAGUUAGGUACAGGAAAGUCAAAGAAACAUGCGGUUUGUGAAACGCAAAAUGCGUUGACCGUUCAAAAACUGCUCGCUCAGAACGAACAGAUGCGGCUGGAAAUCAAUGAACUACGCGCCAGUUUGGCCACCGAACGAGGUGCCGUCAGAGUGUUGAGAGCACAAAACGAAACAGACUUGCGGCGUUCCAAAAACGAAUGCAAAAAGCUGCAAGAAGCUUUAACACAUCAGAAGCGCAGCUCAACCGCAAAUACACUGGCGCACAAACGUUCGAAUCGAUCGGCCAGUAGCAGCGCAGAAGAUCGGCACAGUGUCCAAAGUGGCCACACUGCAUCGUAUGUUCACCAGCUGAAUCUGGACAUUCUCAAACUCAAUCAGGAGCUUUCCGCCAUGCGAGAGUCGAAUAAGUUCUUAGAGGAUAAAAUUCAGAUUUCCUCGGAGGCUGAAAGGCGGAAAGCGUCGGACAUGCGAGUGCAAAGGGACCUGUAUGAACUACGGCUGACUCAACUGACCAAAUCUGCCAAAAGCGAGAUCCAAAGACUGCUGGAGGAGCUGAAAUCCAAAGACCGAAACACUGCCCUUCUGCGGAAGGAGCUUUCGGCGCUGCAGAAGGCAGGUGGAACCAAGAAGAAGGAGAGAAAGGCUGCUAAAAAUUCCGCUCAGCAAUCGCAAGAGAUGCGACAACUGCAUGAGUCCGAACCAUGUAGCGGAAACGUCAGCAAGAGCUCAAGCCAUAACAGCAUCCAGUCCGUCUGCGAAGAGCUGGAACGAAAAAACGAUGCUGAAGCUGAUCCGGUAGCACCGUCACAUCAGUCCCGAUGUUCUCCUUCUUCGGAAUCGAAACCCGCCGCUGGCGCUGACUGCGGCAGCGGCCAUGGCAGUGGUGGACUACAACAAGCAACGAAUGAUCACUAUCGAAGUGAAAAUAAUUGUAGCAGUUUAAGGUUAGAAUUAGGAACUACGACGUGUGGCGAUGACCGGAAUAGGUCUAUGCCACACGAAUCACGAACCAUGGAAGCUCACAACGAUUUGCAUGCUUCUACUAGACUAAACUCCCACAAGGAGGAACUCUUUUACAUUAAAACCGACCCAACAUUUAACAGUGAGCCGAAUUUAUUCGAAAGAACGACAAUAUCCACCACCAGUAGGCAGCUGUCUACGGUAUCAGAUGCCGACUCGGCCAUAUCAUCGGCACCGCCAUCGCUAAGUCCACAAGCCACCGGUUGUCCCAAUUCGCCGGAAGUGUGGCGUGCCCAUUCUCAACAACAUCCGCAGCAAGCAGCACACCUUCAAUCGCUGCUGGACCAGAGUCAACUGGUGGAAAUCAAGAUGGAACUGGACCGGAUGCAAGCUAAGUACGACCUGCUCAGCGCAGACUACGGUCGCGCCAAAGAACAGAUUGACGAACUCGAACGAGAGUUGAUGGAGACGACGCAGGCAUCGCGGGAGCGAGCGAAAUUUGCUGAACGCGUUGAGUAUUUGGAACAGCGCGAAGAGAGCUUGCUGCGCGAGAGCCAUGAACUGCGCGAACAGAACGAACUGCUCGAGUUUCGAAUUAUUGAGCUGGAGGAGAGUCACGAUAAGUGGUCGCUCCGCAGCAACUCCAGUCCAACGACGGUCGGCAGCAGCACCGGCAGCACCAACGUAGGCACCGGCCACCCUGGCAAGGAUCACGUAUGGACCGAUACGGACAAGGAGCAGGACGAUCUUAUCAUGCACUCGGAACGGUCCGAUUCGGGAGUAACAUCGCCGAACAGCCAUCACCAUCUGGACGAUCAUCGUACGAGCGGGGUUCCGUCGCCCUGCUGUGACCUCUCGCUGCUGGAUCAAAUACCGACGGACGAUGUCCGCAAGCGGAUAAUCACCAUGUCGAAGCGGGCCUGCUAUGACGAAGAAGAUAAGACUUGUUUGCUGCAGAUACUAUCGCUGCUGAACAAUCUAGAGGCGCUCAGUCAGGAUCAUGAAAUUGCCAAUGAGGAGAUGAGUCUGGAGGUUCCUGUGAAGUACAACUAUCCCUUUGCGGAGAGUCAACCUCCAAAGUCGCUAGCGAUGAGUUCAACACCGUUUAAAAGCCAGCAGGGAAGGAUCGUAGCUACGGUUCAGCCGUUUAAUAACACCAUGAGUAGCAGCUGCGGUAGCAAUGAACCAAAGAGUCUGUCUAUCGCAUCGAUUGCGGAAACUUUCGGUGGAAUGAAAAAGUCUGGAAGGUGGGGAUCGACCAGCCUACAGGAGAGUGGUGUGUUCGUUGACGAGAUGAUGGUGAGCAACGUCAGUACGCAGACCGUUCUGGAGGAUUUUCCGUGUCUGGAAAGAACAAAUGCCGAGCUGUGCGCGGAAAUUGAAAAGUUGAACAUGUUCCGGAAAAAGAUUGAGGAAUGUUCGAUUAAACGGCGCGGUAAGAAUCCAGUGGGUGUGAGUCUCUCAUUACCGGCAGAAUCAUGCGAAAAACGAAGACUGCAGUACUACGUAGAACGUUUGGAGCAGUUGGAAAAUAAGAUCAAAGUUUACGAGAGCAGCGGUGACCAGCAGUUGCGGCAUCUUGCGGAGAGGCUCCAGCGAGAAAUUCAGCUGGAGAGUUGGGUUAAUUUGUUAAGUGAACAGGUUAAUAAGCUAGAAGAUGAUAACGAACGAUUGGAGGAGGAAAGAUGUGAACUGGAGGAGAUUGAAAACGAUACGAGACUUAAACUGCAACGUAUGGAGAUGGAUUAUGAGGUAAUGAGUCAAAGAAAUACGGAACUGGAGAUGUCCAAGAGUUCGUACCAAUCAAAGUAUCACGAUGCCAAGGAUAGUGUGGUGGGUUUGGAGGAACUGGUGCAUAAGUGCGAAGAGAGGAUUUUCGUUCUCGAGGAAACCGAAAACGAGCUGAAUGAUCGUAUCGAUCUGAUAUUAGCGUUUAUUCCGGUGCUGUUGAUGUACAACAGUUGGCAGUUGCAGGAAACGAUGGCUGCUACUCGCAAGCAGUUUGCUAUUAAUUAUAUACCGCCGGAACAUAUCGAAUACUACGAGUCGGCUAACGAUAAUCUACAGACGAGACUGAAUGAGUUGAUGACGCGCGAGAAAGAGCUCACGCAAAACAUAGCUGAACUGAAUAGAGCGUACAAUGAAACGCUAGAGAAUGCCGACAAUUUGUGGGCACAGAUGGAGAAAGAGUACAAAGAUAAAAUCGCCAAGUGCGAGACGGUUGAAGGGAACCUCAAAUCCAAAAUCGCCCAACUCGAAGAGCGCCUCAGCAAAGACAGCGAGUAUGCUCAUGAACGAAUAAUCCAUCUGGAGGAUGCGGAAAAUACACUCAAGAGUCGAGUCGCAAAAUUAAAUAAAGACAACAAGGAACUGAUUGCAAAGCAUGCCGCUCUGCUGGAAGAGUACUCCACCCUGAAAGAAGAAUACCGUAAGCUUCAGGAUUAUUUACGUGGUCCCGCCUUGGAGAACCUAGAAAGAGAAAAGCGUAAAAUCAUCGCUUUAGAGGAGGAACUCUCGCUGAACACCAGGCUACUGAAGGAAGUUGAAGAAUCUCACAAAUCUGAAGUUGGUCAAAUGCGGGGCAAAAUGAUGACUGCUGCAAAGGAGCUCACUCAUAUCGAAGUUACAAACAGUGAGCUACGAGAGGAGGUCGAAACGUUGGAAAAUCGUAUCCGCGAGUUGCUCACUCUGAGAAACGCUGAUGACGAGCGAAUCAAGCAUCUGACGGAGGAGUUACAAGCAAAACAGGCACAUAUCAGCCAAAUACAACAACAGCAGCAGCAGCAGCAAACAAUCAGCAGCACCAAAGCAGGCUACGCCCGCAGUCUGGCGCAAGAAUUAGAGCGUCCCGUCAAGGGUUUCUAUUCAAAGCUGGGCUACGAAAUUCAUCCUCUCACCAGGAGAUUUCCCGGCGAUAGCGAUAGCAGUGGAAGUGAAGACAAAAUAAAAUUCCCAGUUACCAGACACGUUGCAGAGCCCAAUGAGGUCAAAAGUCUGGCCGAAACCAUCAUACUGAAUGCCGAAAGUCGCGGUAUUCGAACGCCAAAGAAAUCCUUCGUUGAAGAGAUUAUCUAAAGUGCCUUUGAUCGAGUCGGUUUCAUUACCGCACGCCAAUAAAAUUUCGUUUACUAAUUUGAAAAGCGUUUGGAGGCAUAUCGGUGGAAGUAACUCCAUUAGAACCAGGACCGUCGGAGACUAUAGCAAUCCGGAGACGCUGUCUUUUAGGAAGUGGAAAGUGAAUCUAGUCGUUUUGAUUAAAUACUUUUGAAUUAUUUUGUUUUGCUCCAACAUCUAGUUUAAGUUUUGCAAUCUCAAUGUACAUCAAUUACUUAUUUAAAGCAGAAUCAUUUAUAACGCACAAACCAUGAAGCGAAACGGACUUUGGGUUACCGUUUCCUUUGCGUGGGAAUCGCCCAGUAGUCGUGAAAAAUUUAAUUUCUUUUUGGAAAUUGUUUAUUCAGUUCGGUUUACUGAGCAUUGAAGGCGUUUCGUUACGUUUUUUGUAGUAUAGAGUUUGCAUUGGGCUGCCAAAAUCUGUACAAUUAUUGGUUUUCAUUAUUAUUUCCGUUUAGCGAAUAAUUAUGUUAAGCUUGCACGAAUCCUUUUUGCGCACAUUUUUUGUAGGAAUCAUUAGAGGUAGAUUUUUUUCUUGGAAGUUGAGUUUAUUUUGUAGUACAAUUUACUUUAGCGUUCUUUUUUUACCGAUUCAUUUAUUAUAAUUAUUAUAAAAAUCAUUUGACGUAUUCAAACAACAGUUGUUUCCUUAUACACUUUUUCACUGUUUCAAAAACUUUCAAUUUCGAACGACAAGAGGUAAGCAUCAUAACGUUGCAUGAACCUUCGCAUGUUAACUAAACCAGUACGAUAUCAGCAUUGUGAAGCAGCAUGAGUGCUAACAAACAAAAAUGUGAGCUUCCACAUUUGCAUUAUACUGAAAUAAAAGAAGCAUUAUGAAAAAAAUAUUGGAAUUGUGACACAAAAAAUUCAUUGUAACGGAGGAAAAAGAAAUGUAUUAGAAAGUUAUUGGAAAUUCA